AUGCUUCGAGCAUAUGUUAUUGAGUUUGAGGGUAGUUGGGACAAACACUUGGCGUUAGUGGAAUUUGCUUACAAUAAUAACAACCAAUCAAGUAUAGGUAUGCCUCCUUAUGGAGCUUUAUACGGCAGAAAAUGUAGAACCCCUCUUUGUUGGAGUGAAGCUGGUCUAAGGAAAUUUUUAGGUCCUGAUAUUAUGCAACAGACUGAAGACAAGGUAAAGAUAAUCAAGGACCGUCUAAAAAUUGCUUCAGACAGACAAAAGUCAUAUGCAGAUCUCAAGAGGCGUGAAAUUGAACAUCGAAAGGGCGAUAAAGUAUUUCUAAAGGUUUCUAUGCUUAAGAAGUAUCGGUCUGAUCCAUCUCAUGUUCUUCGUAUUGAAUCCAUAGAGAUCAAUCCUGACUUGACAUAUGAAGAAGAACCUAUCCAAAUCUUGACGCGUGAGAUAAAAGAGAUUAGAAAGAAGAAAAUCCCCUUAGUGAAAUUCCUUUGGAGAAAUCAUUCUGGCAAAGAAGCUACUUGGGAGCGAGAAGAGGACAUGCAAAUACAAUACCCACACUUGUUCCAAGACUAG